AUGGGAAUAAUUUUUUAUCUAUGUGUACAUACUAUAUUUUUUCAGAAUUUUCCUCGUGGAAUGACUUGUGCAUUAGAAUAUGGAAAUUUCUCUGAAGAUUGGAGACUAAAUACAACAGAUCUUCAAACUGAUUCAAAUUUAAAUGAAAUAUAUUCAACGCAACCCCAAACCAUAAGCACAGUUGGCAAAGAAGUGUCUAUGACAACAAAAGAAAACUCAGACUCAACACAAACUAAAUCAAUUGGCAGUACAAGUAAAAACAUGGAAUCAGUGGAAACGACGGAUUCAGCACAAUCCAAAUCAGCAAUCACAAAAGAAAGGAAAACAUCAGUGACAACGCAAAAUAUAAAGGAUUUAACACAGUCUAGCAAAACAAUAGAAGGGUUAAUAACGUUAUCUUUGCAAACAAUAGAAAACACGGAAUCAGCACACACCAAAACGACUAUUACAACGAGUGAAAUACUUUCUGCAACAAAAGUAAACUCAAAUUUCACACAAACCGAAACGUCAAGUACAGCAAAAGAGAAAUUAUUAGUGACGACAGUAAAAAACAUGGUAUCAGCGACAAACACAGACAUAACAACAAAAAACAAAAGUUUAGAAAUUGAAGCAUCAAACAUGACACGAAAAGAAUUAUCAGUGACAACAGUCGAUAAUUCAAUAUCAGCACAACCAAUGGCAAGUACAGAAAGUGAAGAAUUAUCUAUGACAACAGAUAAAACCAUGACCUCAAUCCAAAGAGAACCAUUGUUCACAACAGAAACCGAAAUAAAAACCACAACAAGUGAAGAAUUGCCAGCGACAACAGAGGAAAACAUGGACAUUACACAUUCCAAAACACCACGCACAGAAAAACAAGAAUUACUUGAGACAACAGAAGAGAAAACGGACUUAACAAAACCCAAGGAAAUGGGGACACCAAGUGAAGAAUUUUCAAUGAUAACGGACGAAAACAUACAAUCAACGCAAACUGAAACAAUAGGAUCAACACAAAACGAAUUAGCAAUGACGAAAGUAGAUAUCAUGGGCUCAACACAAACAAAGAUUACAGGUGGUAAAGAAGAUGAGUUUUUCCGAACAACAGAUGAAAACAUGUUCUCAGUUCAACCAAAGACAAUGACCACACCACAUACAAAAUCAUUAAUGACAACGAAAGAAAACACGGAUUCAACUCAACACAUUCCAUCAAGCAUUUUAAGAGAAGAAUUGAUCAUGACAACAACAGAAAUAACAAACUCAUUUCAACCUAAAUCAACUAGCACAGCUCACUCAAUAAAACAAAAAACACUAAACACAUCCAACGAAGAAUUUCUAUCAACAACAUAUAAAACCAUGGAUACUUUACAACAAAAAACUACAAGCAAGAGUAAUGAGUUGGUAUCAAUAACAACAGGAGAAAACAAUGGACCAGCACAAUUGAACGAAAUAAAAGAAUUAACGAUGACAGAAGAGAAAAGCACUGCAUUGUCAACUUCAUUCAACACUAAAUCAGAUAUGAUAUCAACUCUGAGAAGCAGUACAGAUAGUCACAAUACAGAUUCGUCAUCACUCAAUGUACCAGGCACAAAUCCAAGUACUUUCUCUUCCUCUUCUCAAAGUAUGUCAAGGAAAACAGAAGUGUUUCAUUCGUUUGUAACAUCAGUAUUUGAAUCAGGUACAACUGGACUAGAAGAAUCAACUCCCUUGAACUCAUAUACAACAUUGACAGAAAGAAAUAUAAACAAGCAUUCAACAACCGUACUUCCUACUGUUGCGAUGGUUACCAAUCACAAUAAAGAAAACGACGUCCUUUCUACUGAACAAACUACUGUUACGGCAAUUAGCAAUCUGAAUAAAAAGAAUGACGACAUUUCUACUGAACAAUCUACUCCUACUGUUAUGACAUCAGUUACCAAUCUAAAUCAAAACAAUGACGUCAUUUCUACUGGAAAAACUACACCUACUGUUACAAUAGUUACCAGUUUCAAUGACGACAACGAAGACAUUUCUAAUGAACAAAAUACUCCUAAUGUAACGGAACAGACUACACCUAUCGUUACAACAGUUAUCCAUCAUAGGGAAGACAACAACGUCUUUUCUACUACUAAACAAUCUACUGUCACAACUAAUACUUAUCAUACGGAAGAAAACGACAUUAGGUCUGCUGAACAAACGUCUUAUAAUGUAAUAACUUCUAUUUUGCCAACAGUUACCAAUCAUCCUGAAUACAACGACGCCAUUUCUACAGAACAAUCUACUCCUAUUGAUACGUCAGUUACCAAUCAUAUUGAAAACAACACCGUCAUUUCUACUGAACAAACUACUUCUACUGUAACGGCAGCUACCAAUCUGGAUGAAAACAACGACGUCAUUUCGAACGUUAUUUCUACUAAACAAACUACUUCUACUGUAACGGCACUUACCAAUCUUGGUGAAAACAACGACGUCGUUUCUACAGAACAAACUACACCUACUAUAACGGCAGGUACCAAUCUUACUAGUGAAGACAACAACGUCAUUUCUACUGAACAAACUUCUUUUACUUUAACGACAGAUACCAAUGUGGGUGAAAACAACGAAGUUAUUUCUACUGAACAAACAACUCCUACUCUAACGCCAGUUACCAAUCUGAAUGAAAACACAAACAUCAUUCGAACUGAACAAACUACUCCUACUGUAAUGGCAGUUACUAAUCUGGGUGAAAACAACGACGCCAUUUCAACUGGAAAAACUACACCCAUUAUUACAAAAUAUACAAAUCUAAGUGAAGUCAACAACGUUAAUGCUACUGUACAAACUACUCCUACUGUAACGGCAGUUACCAAUCUGAAUAAAAACAACGACGUCUUUUAUUUUGAACAAACUUCUCCUACUGUUACGGCAGUUACAAAUCUGAAUGAGAACAACGACGUCAUUUCUACUGAACAAACAACUUCCACUGUUACGGAAAUUACAACUCUGAGUGAAAACAAUGACGUCAUUUCUACUGAACCAAUAAGUUCUACUGUAACAACAGUUACUAAACACAGUGAAGACAACAACGUUACUUCUUUUGAACAAACUUCUUCUGUUGUAAAAGCAUUUACCGAGCCUAGUUACCAUCACCAGGAUAACUUCUCGGAAAGUCUCAGUGACGAUAUGACAAAUACAAACUCUCAAACAUCAGUUCUGGACCACCAAACCACAACUAGAACAACGGCAUCGCCUUUUCUGCGAGAAUCUGAAUUGAUGUCAUUCAGCAUGUAUGUAAAGGACCACACAGUCAACGUCUAUGCCGGUGUCUUUUUACCAGGACACGUUAUAAAACAAGAGAAAGGUUUUGGUUUCUACAUGUGUGUUAUGGAAUGCUUGAAAACUGUAGAUUGCCAUUCUGUUAACUUUAUGAAGAACCAAGGUAUCUGCCAAUUAAACUCAAUAUCAUCUGGCAAUCCAAGUUUAAAACUCCGAGAGGGAUGUCUAUAUACGCGAUCACAACAAUGGCCAAAGACUAUAUUAGGACACUGUCAAAAUAAGACGUGUCGGUCUCAAGAACAGUGUAUAGAACUUCACAAUAGAGCUGUGUGUAUCAUUGGAAAUUGUAAAGUGCCUCCUCGCGUAGAAAAUGCCGAGACAAAUGACUAUUUGCUUCAUGUUGGAUCAAGAAUCAGAUACGAGUGCAUUCAAGGAAAGAGUUCGAACGUCACAGAAUCAGCCAUGACAGUCACGUGUCGUGGAAAUGGCCAAUGGACAGCGGUGAAUUUUCGGUGUCUUUAACCAGACAUAAAUAACAUGUUAUUUAUGUCUCUGCUUUAACAAAUGUUUCAAGACACGAUUCCAACAUGAGAGUUUCAUGUCUGAUAAUUACAUGUACUGUCAUUUGCUGAGGACAAAAUUAAAUAGUUGAUUUUACAUUUUUUACCAGAGACAUAAAUAAUUUAUGUCUCUGGUAAAAAUGUAAAAUCGACUCCGAUUUUUACUCAUCGUUUUCGUAAUAAAUAAUGACAAAUACGGUUAGUAGAACGUGUUACCUAUAAAUAGUAUGCAACGUAUGAUUAGAGCGCCAUGAUAUAUCUUCCAUUGAAUACGCUUUGUAUUUUUCAUUUCACUAAAAUGUAUCCCAACAACGGAAAUACCGCGGUACUUCUUGUUUUGAAAAUCGAUUUACUGUCAAAUGUUUUUUGGAUAAUACUUCAAAACCAGUUUAUUGUGAAUAUCAGUAAAGUAAUACGUAAUUUUGACGGAUAAUUAUAAACAUACUUUGGGCUUGCACUGAGUUCAUUCAUUGAAAUUAUAUGCUAUUCAACAAUCUUUUAACAUGGGGUAUGCUAUCCAUGUUUAUAUUUCUAAACCAUGUUAUGGUUUUCUCUUGACGCUGUGCUGGAGUUGUUGGUAAAUUUCAUUAUCUAAGUGUCAAUUAAAUUCCGAACAUUACUCGAUCGACUUUCAUAAGGAAAAUAAGAUCGAUUUCAAUAAAUGAUGGGUUACCUUUAAAACCACUUCUCUUGAUUUCAUUUUCAUUAGUACUAGUAAUUGUGUUGUCUUUAAAAGUGGGCUUUCACUAUUACAUGUUUUAUAUAAAAAAGUAUUUGCCAGAAAAUGAAUUUUCAACAAAACAUAAAGUACAAUUCCAGAAAUUAAAAGGAAAACCCCGGUGAGAUUGGAACAUGCUCUCAGCUUCUAAUUUCUGUUGUUGCAAUCAAAGAAAUACCUCCAAUUCUCUUUAUUCAGAUAAACAAAAACGACAAAAAUUACUUUCUUUGAUGUAACAUACUGUUAACAAUGUGAAUAAUAUAAUAAAUGACGUUACUUAAAAACUAUAAUUUGUUUAAUGAAUUUUGUUGAUGGAUUGUAAUAAAUCAUUUAUUAUUACUUUUAGGGGUUCAUGUAUGACACACUUAAAUAAACAUCAAAAGGCACAAAGUUUCUAUCAGGAAAGAAAUUCAUCCUAAUGAAAAAAUCCAUUCACUCAUUUGCUACCGCUGUUAAAAAAAAGAGAAGCUGUAUCAACAUUACAGACUCAAUAAUUAAAUUCUUUUAUUGAAGUUUUACAAGUCGAAGAAUCCUACAGAUGACAUCUAAGCAUUAGCUGAUGGUAUGGACGGAAUACAGUCAUUACACACAUAAAAGUCAAAUCUGUCACAGGAUACCACAGAACCAAAUAAAAUAUUGGGCUCCAUGAUAAAUAGUGGCCUUA